CCUGGGGCUGGGAGCUGGACUGUCCGAAAGCUCAGCCUGUCUACGGAACGUCUGCGGACACAAGUCGUCUUCCAGUGCCCAUGGCCAGCAGCAUCACAGACGCCCAGCUGCCCUUCUCCCUGGACAAGUACCACGUUUCUGAAGAGUAUGGCUUCAUCCUGCCGGCACCACUGGCAGAACUGCCUCCAUACUACCAGCCCUGGAUGGACAUUGCCCGGCACAUCACAGAGCUGAUCCAUUCCCACAAACUGCGUUCCCACAUCCACCAGAUGCCCGAGCUGGAUGCCAGCUUCCUUCAGAACCACAGAGAGCUGCGCCUGGCACACCUGGUGCUCAGUGUGAUGACCAUGGGCUACGUGUGGCAGGAGGGUGAGAACGGCACUGUGAAGGUGUUGCCCAGAAACCUGGCUGUUCCUUUGUGGGAAGUGUCCCAGCGGCUGGGGCUCCCCCCUAUCCUGACCCAUGCAGAUGGAGUGCUGGCCAACUGGAGGAAGAGGGUCCCUGAGGGUCCCUUUGACAUGGAGAAUCUGGAGCUGCUGGUCACCCUUCCAGGGGGAGACAGCGUGCGGGGGUUCUUCAUGGUGACCCUGCUGGUGGAGCUGGCUGCUGUGUCAGGCAUAAAGGCCAUCCCAGAUGUGAUAAACGGGGUACGCCGUGGUGACACUGCGAUGGUGACAAGGGCGCUGGAGGACAUUGCCGAAGCCACCUCCAGCAUGACCGAGGCACUCAGACUGAUGCACACAUACGUUGAGCCAGCGGUCUUCUAUGGCAUCAUGCGGAUCUAUCUGUCCGGGUGGAAAGACAAUCCUUCUAUGGUCGAGGGGCUGGUGUAUGAAGGGGUACAGGCUGAGCCCAUGCAGUUUUCAGGAGGCAGCGCUGCGCAGAGCAGCCUGCUGCACUGCUUCGACGAGCUGCUGGGGGUCACGCACGAGCCGCAGAGCGGUGCCUUUUUGCUUCGAAUGAGGGACUACAUGCCUCCCGCUCACAAGCAGCUGAUCCAGGACAUCUCGUCCGGCCCGUCCCUGCGGCGCUUUGUCCUGGGCCAGGGCAGCACACAGCUGGCGGCAGCCUUCCAGCGCUGUGUGUCCCAGCUGCUGGACCUCCGCAGCUACCACAUAAACGUGGUGAGCCGCUUCAUCACCGUGCCCGCCGCCCGCGCCCGCCAGCUCCGCAGCCAGGGGGAGGCGGACCAGGAGGGCACCCUCAGCAAGGCCCCCACCGCCCUGGAGGAGAGGGGCACCGGAGGGUCGGGCAUCAUGAGCUUCCUGAAGACCAUCCGAGACCGGACCAAGGAGGUCUCCCUGCCGCCUUCAGACACCGGCUCAUAACCCCUGUCACAUGUUCUCUGCUUUGAUUUCUUUCUUGUUCUUGUUACAACAAAAAUAAUCUACUUGC